GUAGGUUGCGCAGGCGACCUAGAGGGGGGUGGCUGGCGAUGGCGGCGGCGGCAGCAGCGGCAGCGGGCGGCCUCCGUUGGGUGCUUGCCGCGCUCUGCUUGGGCUGCGCCGCUGGGGGGGACGCAUCAGGCCCGCGGGUGCUGGGCUUCUGCUUGGAAGAGGACGGUGACGGGGCUGAGGGUCCAGUGUGGGCGCGGGGCCGGGUGGUCCGGGCCGCGCCCGGAGCCGCCUUCCGCUUGCGGCUCUUCGGCUCUGGCUUCGCCAACCGCUCGUGGCCCUGGGUGGCCUUCGCACCGGCGGGCGCGGACUGCCCGGCGGGGGGAGGGGAGGUAGAGACGGUGGGCGCGGGCGGGGGCGCGGGCUCGCCACUGAGCGUGAACCCCGAGGCUGUACGGCCUCACUCGGCGUUGCUCGCGGUGCGCGUGGAGCCCGGCGGGCCCGCGGGAGGCGCGCGCUACCGCUUGUGCAGCCGCGGGGGGCCCGAGGGGCGCUGGUCGCCCGCAGCGGAGGGGGACUCGCUCGCAGUUGAGGAGGCGCCACUGGUGCCCUGGGCUCUGGGCCUCCUGGCGGCCGCGCUGCUAGGACUGGCGGCGCUAGCCCGGGGACUGCAACUUAGCGCCCUGGCUCUGGAGCCCGCCGAAGUACAGGUGCUGCGCGAGAGCGGCUCGGAGGCGGAGCGGGCGGCCGCGCGGCGCCUGGAGCCCCUGCGGCGCUGGGGAAGCUUCGCCCUGUGCGCUCUAUUGCUGCUGGCCAGUUUGGCACAGGCCGCGCUCGCCGUGCUUCUCUAUCGAGCCGUGGGCCAGAGAGCCGUGCCCGCCGUGUUGGGCAGUGCGGGCCUCGUCUACCUGGUGGGCGAGGUGGCGCCCGCGGCCAUCAGCGGCCGCUGGGGCCUGAACCUGGCCCCGCGUGCAUUGGGGCUCACCCGUCUGGCUGUCCUGCUCACUUUCCCUGUGGCCUUGCCCGUGGGCAAGCUGCUAGAGCUCGCCCUGCGCCCGGAAGGCGGUCGGCUGCGGGAGCGUGUGGUGGAUCUGGCCCGUGGCACUGACCCCUACAACGAGUUCGUAAGGGAGGAGUUCAGUAAGGGGGCCUUGCGGUGCAAAACAGUAGAGGACGUGCUUACCCCACUGAAGGAUUGUUUCAUGCUGGAUGCUUCGACCGUGCUUGACUUCAGCGUCAUGUCCACCAUCAUGCAGAGCGGCUAUACCCGCAUCCCAGUGUAUGAGGAAGAACGCUCCAAUAUUGUGGACAUGCUCUACCUCAAGGAUUUGGCCUUAGUGGACCCAGAGGACUGCACUCCGCUCAGCACCAUUAUCCGAUUCUACAACCACCCACUCCACUUUGUCUUCAAUGACACCAAGCUGGAUGCCGUCCUGGAGGAAUUCAAACGAGGAAAGUCACAUCUGGCCAUUGUGCAGAAGGUGAACAAUGAGGGUGAAGGAGACCCUUUCUAUGAGGUUAUGGGUCUUGUCACAUUGGAGGAUGUCAUUGAAGAGAUAAUUAAAUCAGAGAUCCUAGAUGAAUCUGAUGACUAUGGAGAAAACAAGGUGAAGAAGAAACCUACUUCUCUGAGCACACCCAUAGAAAGAAAGAAGGAAGAGUUCUCCUUGUUCAAAGGGUCUGACAAUGAGUACAAAGUGAAGAUCUCUCCCCAGCUGCUCCUGGCUACCCAGCGAUUCCUCUCCCGAGAGGUGGACUUAUUUAGCCCACUACGAAUCUCAGAGAAGGUCCUGCUACAUCUGCUGAAGCAUCCCAGUGUCAACCAGGAAGUGAAGUUUGAUGAAUGCAACCGAUUGGCUGCAGACCAUUACCUGUACCAGCGCAAUCAGCCAGUUAACUACUUCAUUCUCAUCCUGCAGGGCAGGGUAGAAGUGGAAAUUGGGAAGGAGGGCCUCAAGUUUGAAAAUGGAGCCUUUACUUACUAUGGUGUGUCUGCCCUGACAGUACCAUCUUCAGUUCAUCAGUCCCCAGUGUCUUCAAUUCGGCCCAGCCGACGUGACCUGCAAUCCGAGCCAGCAGAGAAUACCCACUACUCUUCUACAUAUUGUCCUGACUACACCGUGAGGGCCCUCUCUGAUCUGCAGUUCAUUAAGGUAACUCGACUGCAGUACCUCAAUGCACUCAUGGCAUCACGGGCCCAGAAUUCUCCACAGUCUCCUGAGAACAUAGACCUCCUAAUUGUCCCCAACAGCCAGACCAAGCUACUCAAUGACAAGAUUGCUGCAGCAGCAGCCUUCCCAGUAAACAUUUCCCUCUUUGGCACAGUUGGAAACUGCAGUUGAUAGAUGACUGUGGACUAGUGAGAAUUUUUGUUUUUUAGAAAACACCCAAGGUAAAUAUCUUCCCUUCCAUUUUUUCCCCCCUUUCUUUGGCUUUAACAGGCCUUUGAUGUAUAGAGGAGCCUUGCUGGCAUUUCUGUCCAAUGACAAGACUAGUAGGGCAGGCUGCCUCUCUUCCCAAGAAGUCCUCUCCUGCCAAGGUUGGUGGUGUGCUGAUUUGCCCCCCUUCUGGGAAGGAGUGGUGUUUGAACUUUUCUGUCCUUAGUACUGUUUUUCAUUCUCUUGAGAGGCAGAAUGCCUGCCAAAUCCCCACUGAGCUAUGGAAAACCAGUCUUUUUAGCCAAGAUUGCUUCUUUCUUAAGGGCUGGGUUCUUUUUUUUUUUUCACAUAUACCUUCCUAGCCUACUCCAGUUUCCAUUUCCACGGGAAGAACCACUAUUUCCAUGGCCCUGACUCUAGGACUUGCUUUCUAUGAAGAGAAAUCUGUUUCUUAAUCCCAGCUCUUCACUAGAUUGAAGUCUCCAAGGUACCUUGAGGCCACCUCUUUCUGCCCUAUGUUACCCAAGCAGUUUCUGUAUUUGUUACUGCCUCAGCUUGGUUCCUAGUCAGAGAGACUUAUGACCUUUCUUCACUUCUCUUUCAGGGACAGCCAACAGCAGGCCAAAUGCCCCAACAGAAGAGAGUCUUGGGAGGAACCCAGGAGUUUAACUUCCUUGCCAUGCAGCCCCAGAACUGGGGAUGGACAAGCAAGUGGGGGAGCUUGAGUGAACCAAGGAGUUGCUUCAUGCCAACCUGUCCCCUCCCUUUCUGGCCACGUUUUAGGUGGCUUUUAGAGACAUGGGCUCUGGGCCUAAUGCCAGUGUUAGGAGCCUGCUGCAGAUAAACCAGCCUCUUCUGUGGGGAUGGAAAUCAGCUGUAGCGUCACUCUCCAGUCCCUGCUCCUGGGAAGAGUCAACAGGGAAUUAAAGAAAAACCCAUCAUCUCGGAAUCCCAAGGUGCCCUUUCCCCUCCUUACCUCCCCCUCAUGGGGAUGCUUCAUAGCCUUAAGGCUGUGAUGAUAGUGGAGUAUUAUUUACUACACGAAUGCAGAAAUUAUACUCUUUACCAUGUGGCUGUGAACUGCAUUCACAUUGUUUUUAAUUUGCCAAGCACCUGCUGCUGGCAGCACUUUGAGAGUGAGCCAAGAACACUGCAGUCUCUGCCCAAGGCUCUGAUCCGGAGGUUUUGUCCAUGGCAGUAAGCUCUGGCCUUCGAGGCAGUGCCCUUCUUCACAGUGCCACAUUUUUAUCUUUCUCUUUUAUGUCUUUCAUGUGCCAAACCCUAAGAACUCUAGUGGCAGGUGCACAGCCUGUCUGUUCCCCAAAACUCCUCCUGUGGAGGCUGCUGUUUGCCCAAAUAAAAAGAGCAAGCUGUUCCCACCCCCAGCUCUCUCUGAACUAAGGGUUCAGGUCACUCCUGCCUCUGUCUGCCCGAAGCUGUACUUCCCUUCCUGACUUGGCCUUGCUGCUUUAAAUUAUUAGAAGUGGUCCCUCAUUCCAUGCAGGUGAAGGACCCUCUCUUCUUCCUCUAAUCCUAGGACUAGUUGCUACUAACAGUAUUGUGGUUAUUUGAGGUGUCAUGUAUGCAGUGAAGGGAGGUGUGCUACAAUUGGAAUCUUUCCUUACUGUGAUCCCAGGUCAUUGUUUAUAACAACCUGCUAGUUAGCCGUGUCCUACCCAGUCUUACACCUUUGUUUGCUUCUAAAGGGCCUAUAAUGCAGUGUAACCAGAUAGUGUGAUUGGCACCCUUAGAGCUGGCAUAUAGAAGAGAGGAUUUGUUUCUCAGCUAGGCCCCUCUUUCAGGAAAAUCUUUCCUAAUCUUGGGCAUUUAGAUGGAGAGGCAUCUUCUCUUCUUUACUUGCUGUCAUUACAUGAGAAACCUUGGGAACCGGAGAUCACUGCCUAAGAGGCAGUUACAGACCUAGUCUAGAAGAAGCCAGUUCAGGGAUAGCUUAAGUGGCUAUGUAGGCCAGAGGAAGCCUGUAGAUGGAAGGCCCUGGGCCCAAAUUGGAUGUCAGGCAUUUUCUAGCUGUGUGAUCUUGGGCAAGUCACUUAACCCCCACUGCCUAGCCCUUACAGUUCUGCCUUGGAAUUAAUAAUACAUAAUUAUCCAUCUCAGAUACAAGGUAAAGGUUAAAAACAAAAGCCAGGCCCUUUUUAUGCUGUCAAGGAGAUUUGGGGUCAUUUCAUUGCUGUGCCUUUUUCCUUUUGUAGUCUUUUUGCCUAGAUGAAAUACCACAAAGUAGAACUGCAUGGGCAGUUAACUCUCAGCUGAAGCAAGUAAAGGGCACAAAUGACUUGGUAUUUAAUCUUUCCUAAGAGGGAGGAGCCUUUGAUUAACUGUCCCCUGUGCGCAAGUAAUAAGUCCAGAGUCUCAAAAGUGAAGCAGGGACACCCUGGCCCACGGGUGACACUAUCCUUCCCCUCCCCCCAAGUGCUCCUGGUAAAUGGUGAGGUUCUAAGCUUAGAUUGGCAAUUUUCCUGAAACACUACAUUCUGUUGGCCAUAGGGAGAACUUCAGGACACAGCAGCUUUGCUUUAAAGAUGUCACACUUCUAGUUCAAAGUCUGGGCACCCAAAGUGAGAAACGGAUCGCCGUAAAUCGUUUUCUCCAUCUUCUUUCUAUUCCUACCAUUUCUCAUGCCAUAGAAUAUAACCAGGCUACGAAAGAGAAUCAGUUUUAAUGAAUAACAACAACAAAUUGAUCCAUAUAAAAAUGUUUCAUUUGCUCUUA